AUGGCAGAAUCAGAUCCAUAUGAGGGAACAACAUUAAAAACAACAACAAAUGUUGUUGAUUUUACAUUAAAAGUCGAAUGCGAACGAAUCUAUGGACAAUAUCUUAGCAACCAAUGCACGAAAGUUGCAUUUUUAGGGAGUGCAACAACAUUAGAAUCAGUCACAUUUCCAUAUGGAUCAAAAUUAAAAGAAAUCUCAGAGUGUGCCUUUUUUGGUUGUUUAAAACUUAGUGCUAUUGAUUUCAGUCAUUGUGAAUUACUCACAACAAUUGGCCAAUAUGCAUUUUCCGGAUGCGCGACGCUGUCCAAUAUCAAUCUUCCUAAAUCUCUCUCGACUUUAAGUCCAUAUUGUUUCCAAAUGUGCAAAAUCCAAUCUAUUUCUAUUCCAAAAUCAGUGAAAGCAUUUCAAUCCGGAUGUUUUGACUCCUGUACCUCACUAAUACGAGUUGAUAUUCCAUCAGAUUCACUUCUCGAAAGGAUUGAAUGGAGAUCUCUUCGAGCCACCAGAAUUACUUCAAUUUUCGUUCCUAGGUAUUUAUCUUAUUUUUCGGGAAGUGCUUUUGAAUUACUUACCACAUUAACAAGCAUUGAUUGCGAUUCAUUAAAUCAAAAUUUCAAAUCUUCUGGUGGAGUCCUUUAUAGCUACGAUCAGACGAAAUUGAUUAAAUUUCCAUCCGCAUUGAGCAAAACAUUCACAAUCCCAGAUAAAGUUACAAUAAUUGGGGGCUCUUCAUUUGUAAGCAGCAUUAUUGAAUCAGUAACUCUCAAUGAAGGCUUGGAAACAAUAGAGGGAUUUGCAAUCCAGUUUACUAAAUUGAAAUCUAUUUCAAUUCCUGAUAGCGUUACAUCCAUUGGGCGAGCAGCCUUUUAUUUAUGUCCCAUUGCUUCAAUCACAUUUGGGAAAGGAUUGACGAAUAUUCCAGUGGAAUGCUUUGCAUAUACAUCAAUAACAAAUGUCACUAUUCCAAAUGGAAUUACAGAGAUAGGAAAAUCAGCCUUUGCAGGCUGCAAUAAGCUAAAUUUAAUUGUCCUACCGACAUCAUUGAAGACAGUUGGAGGAGGUUGGAUCACAAAUAGUCCAAAGAUUAAUUUGACAGAAGGAUCACUAAUGAAGAUUGAUGAUGAACAAAUGAUCUUUUAUGAUCAACAUUUCAGUAAUUUGAUUACGUGUCUUGACAAGAGAGAAUAUUAUCGAAUUCCAUCCACAGUGAAGACUAUCAGCAAUGAAGCAUUCAAAUCAAAUUCAGUCCUCACUCGUAUCGAAUUUGAAUCGAGUGAUAAUCUGACAAGCAUCGGUUCUUAUGCAUUCAGAGAUGACGUUAAUUUGAGUUCUAUUAGCAUUCCAACUUCAGUUGUCAGUGUUGGCGAAUAUGCAUUCUCAGGAUGUACCUCAUUAACAUACAUCUCGUUUGGGAGCAAACUCACAAGUCUUGGCCAACACUGUUUUGAUGGUUGCAGAUCUCUUGAACGAAUGAUCAUUGGCGGAGGCAGUACAUACGACAUCUGGACAUGUUCAUUCCUCAACUGCAUAAAUCUUCGUGAUGUUAAUCUUGGUGAAGGACUUCGAAAGAUCGAGAUGCAGUCAUUCAGCAACUGUUUUAGUCUCAAGUCAAUCAGUUUCCCGUCAAGUCUUAGCUACAUCGGUAUAUACUGUUUCUCUCUCUCCGGUAUCGAAGAAGUCACAUUCUCAUCUUCUAGCACUAAGAGUUUUAUCGACGCAUACAGCUUCAGCAACAGUCACAAUCUUAGUCGCAUCACACUUCCACCGAACAUUGUUUCCAUUGGUGAGAACUGCUUCGAAGGUACACGUCUCAUCUCUUUCGAAGUUGGCUGCAGCGUUGUUAACAUCUCAGACUACGCAUUCAGUGGUUGUUCAUCUCUUACUACAUUCACUAUCAAUGAAUGUAGUGUUCUUGAGCGCAUCGGUACUCUCGUCUUCGAAGGUUGCACAUCACUUCGCGAGAUUUUUUGUAGCAACAGCAGCAACUUCUUCGAAGUUGACAACGGUGCUCUUUUCAACAAAGGCCGUAGCACACUCAUCUGCUUCCCUCCUGCAUCACCUAUCAAGUAUUUCAGUUUCUCACAGAACGUUCGUAGUGUUUCAUCCAGUGCAUUCAUUGGAUGCAAGAACUUGCUUAGUGUCACAAUCCCAGACAACAGCAUCGAGAGCAUCGGUCCAUAUGCAUUCUCUAACUGCACUAACCUACGUUCGAUCAACAUCCCUCUUUGUGUCAAAGUCGUCAGCCGAUCAGCAUUCUCAGGAUGCAACAACCUGCGCUGUGGUGUUCUUGUUGACAGCACUAACAACACAUUCAGACGCAAUCUCAUUGAUAUUGCAAAACUUCCCUCGACAUCACUUCAUGACUGCUCACUAAUAUCGUGCAGACAUGACUAUUAUCAACAAAGAAUAUCAUUUAUAUCUUAUACUGUUUUCAUUCUUAUUUAA